AUGGGAGACGACUGGGAGCCAGACUUCUCCGCGUCGGCCACGGGCAACGCUGUGCUGGACGCGGCGCGCGGCGUGACGGGGUCGGGGGCGCCGGCCUCGAAGGAGCAGGGCGGCACCGAGUGGACCCGUCUGGAGCUGUGCGUCAUCGCCAGUCUGCAGCUGGUGCUGGUGCUCGUGGCCUACCGCCUGGACCGGUCGCAGCACCCCGUGCUGAUCUCCGAGUCCGCCGUCGCCAUCUUCUUCGGCGUAUUGUUUGGUGCCGGCGUGCUGAUCUUCUACCCGAUGGAAUCGCUGAACAAUGGCAUGGACCCGGAAGUGCUCUUCUACGCGUUGCUGCCGCCGAUUAUCCUGGAGGCAGGAUUCAACAUGAAGAAGAGGGGGUUCUUCUCCAACUUUAACGCGAUCAUGCUGCUGGCCAUCGUCGGAACACUGGUUGCCACUUUUAUUACGGGCGGUGUGCUCAUUUGGCUGGGAGAUUUGGGCCUCAUCACCCAGCUGACGGCAGCAGAGGCGUAUCUGUAUGGAGCUCUUAUCUCGGCUGUCGACCCGGUGGCUACGCUCUCGGUUUUCAAGAAAAAUGGCGUGCCUCCUCUGCUGUUUAACCUUGUCUUUGGUGAAAGCAUGCUAAAUGACGGCGUCGCUAUCGUGUCGUUCACGCUGUUUCAAGGGCUCAUUCGGAAUGGCAUUGCUGACGUUACCUUGAACAAUGCGGGCCUCAUUAUCAUCAAGGUUUUCGGCAUCGGAUUUGGUUCCGUUGGGCUCGCAGCGGUGGUAUGCUUCACGUCAGCAUUUCUACUUAAGCAAGCUGACCCAGUGCUCCAGCAGUACCCGUCCUACGAGAUUUCGAUUGUGCUACUUUCGGCGUACUUGAGUUACGUAAUUGCGGAUCUCGUUGGGAUGAGCGGCAUUGUUGCGCUGUUCUUUUCGGGUGUGCUGAUGAGCCACUACCACCUGUACAACAUCGCUGACGAGAGCGCGACGGCCCUGCGGCAUCUGCUGACGACGUCUUCUUUUAUGGCGGAGAACUUCGUGUUCAUCUACAUGGGCAUGAGCGUGGUUGCGUACUCGGGCUACUUCACGUGGGAUUGGGGUUUCAUUCUCGCCAACUUGGUCGCUUGCCUGUUGGGUCGCAUGCUCAACACGUUCCCGAUGUGCAUGCUUGCGAACCUCUGCCGAUCGGAAGACAACAAGAUUCCGUGGAGCUAUAUGGUGGUUAUCUGGUUCGCUGGGCUUCGUGGUGCGAUCGCUUUUGCGUUGGCUCUCAACGUAUAUACACCGAACCGUGUUCACGCGAGUGUGAUUCAGAGUACAACUCUGUUCACCGUCAUGUUCACCACUUUGGUCUUUGGAAUGGGCACAAGUCCCGUGUUGCGCUACUUUGGCUUGACGGCUACGCUGGAGCAGGAACGCGAAUUCGAUGAUGAUGGCGCGCACGAGCGUUUGCUGUCAGACGAUGACGAGCAUGAUGCGGACACUUCGUUCCGUCCGAUCGACCGCUCGCUUUCUCGCCGCAACAUCAGCGGCAUCCAUGGUGUGUGGGAGCGUAUCGACGAAAAGUACCUAAAGCCGCUCUUCGGUGGCCGUCCGCGAGAUCAGCAGCACCAGUCGGAGCAGACUUCCGCCGAGCUCAAGCGUAGAGCAAUGGGCCCCUCCGCUGCAGCUUCAAGUCCGAAAAAUCGCAGCCGACAGCAAAAAGACAAAGAAAGCCCCUCACUAUCACCACCCAAGUCGCCGUCGUCGCCCAUGCCGCGCAUGUCAUUAGCUGAGGUCGCGGAGAACCACGACAACGCCGAGAUCAUCGUGUAGGUAGGGUAUGUAGCCAUGUCAUUCUGGAACUACAAAAUCCAUUUUUUUAAAUUUGGAACAAUAUAUUC